CCGCCGGCCCUGCCCUUCCCGGCUGUGGGCGGUGGCGGCGGCCAUUGGCCAGGUCCGGUGCCGACAUGGCGGCCAGCGCGGUAUCCAACCCGUCCCAGCUCCUGCCGCUCGAACUUGUGGAUAAGUGCAUCGGUUCACGCAUUCACAUCGUGAUGAAGAGCGACAAAGAAAUUGUUGGGACACUUCUAGGAUUUGAUGACUUUGUCAAUAUGGUGCUGGAAGAUGUUACGGAAUUUGAGAUCACACCUGAGGGCAGAAGAAUCACAAAGCUGGACCAGAUUCUGCUCAAUGGAAAUAACAUAACUAUGCUGGUUCCUGGAGGAGAAGGACCUGAAGUAUGAAGACAACAAUAUUCAUACGUGUAUAUAAAUGCAAAAUCUAAAUACAGAUUUUGGGGUAGAAGUGUGUUUGGGUGUGGAUCAUUCGUUUGCUUUGCUUACAAACUUGACAUUUUACAAAAGACAACUCUAAGAAAGGGGCUGGUGGUAACGUUGACUUUGUAAGUUGAAAUCAUUACUUUUUUGUAAAGACACGUAAACCUCUUCUGAAUAAAAGGCUUUUUCUUUGUUGGUUA